AUGUCGUCAGCGGCGCCCCCGGCAGAUGCGGCGCCGACGCCGGAGCAGCUGCAGUUUGCGCGCGCCGUGUUCAUUCUCCUGGAGAUGUGGCCUGCGCUGCGGCAGGCCGUCAUCGAGGGAUGGGGUGGUCCCGAGUCGGAGGAGAAAAAGUCGUUCCUCCUCUCGCACCUGUGCGACGAGUACGGGAACGGUGGCGCCAGCACUAAGCCCGACGUCGACGACCUGACUGAACUCAUUGAAGGCUACGUCAUGGAGGAGUAUGCGUGCGAGCUCGAGGACGACAGCGCGCAAUGGGUCGCGAUGCACAUCUGCCUCGCGCACGCGAGCAUCUUUGAGCAGGGCAAGGGCGACGAGAUCCUCGCUGAGUACGAGGCGUCGUAUGCGCGCACUGGCUCGCACAAGCUCGUCGCGCAGACGCGCGACGACAUUCAUGACGCGUCGGAUGAAGACACAGAGUCCGAUGUGCCAGCGCCGGCACCUGGGGCACCGAAAGAAAAGCCCGCGCCGGAGAUUGACGAGGACGGCUUCGAGACCGUCGCCCCUCGCCGCCGUCGAUAG